CGGCACUACCAUCGUCAGUGCUAGUUUAGCAGCGAACUAAGUGCAGUCAAAAUGGUGUACAACUUCAAAGUGUUCAAGAAAUGUGCCCCGAACGGGAAACUUACCCUGUAUAUGGCGAAAAGGGACUUCGUGGAUCAUAUCUCGUUCGUCGAGCCUAUUGACGGCGUAGUGGUACUGGACGAAGAGUACGUCCGCGGACGCAAAGUAUGGGGCCAGGUGGUGUGCACCUUCCGCUACGGACGCGAAGAGGAUGAAGUCAUGGGGCUGAACUUCUACAAAGAGCUGUUCUUGGCCUCGGAACAGCUGUAUCCACCGCCGGAGAAGAGGAACUGGGAACCCACUCGUACGCAGGAGCGGCUUAUAAAGAAGCUCGGUGAGAACGCAUUCGCGUUCCGUCUGACAGUGCCAGCCGGCGCGCCUGGCUCUGUGACUCUUCAGCCGGCAUUGGAAGACGAGGGGGAGCCUUGCGGCGUGCAUUACUACGUGAAGCUGUUUGUUGGAGAUUCUGAGAUCGAUCGUUCGCAUCGCAGGAGCACGAUCGCCCUCGGCAUUCGGAAGGUCCAGUACGCACCAAGCAAGCCCGGCCCUCAACCGUGCACCGUAGUCCGCAAGGACUUUGUCCUGUCUCCUGGACAACUAGAGCUGGAGCUGACCCUGGACAAGCAGCUGUAUAUGCACGGAGAGAGCAUCGCUGUCAACGUGUGCAUUCGUAACCAUAGUAACAAGGUGGUCAAGCGUAUUAAGGCGGCUGUGCAGCAAGGGGUUGACGUGGUGUUGUUCCAGAGCGGGCAGUAUCGCAAUAUUGUUGCCAGUGUGGAGACACAGGAUGGAUGCCCACUACAGCCAGGUUCCAGCUUGCAGCGUGUGCUGCACCUAACUCCAGCAUUGUCGACCAAUCGUGACAAGCGCGGCAUUGCUCUCGAUGGCCAGCUGAAACGCGGCGACACCACGCUUGCGUCUACCACUCUGAUGCUGGAUCCAGACCAACGUGACGCAUUUGGCAUCGUGGUCUCGUACAGCGUCAAAGUGAAGCUGUACCUCGGCGCCCUCGCUGGAGAGCUCGCCGCUGAGCUGCCUUUCAUCAUGAUGCAUCCUAAGGAAGGGCGCGCCAAGAUGAUCCACGCGGACUCACAGGCCGACGUGGAGAUGUUCAGGCAGGACACCGUGCAUCACCAGGAGAGCGUCGAGGUCUAUUAGGAUAGGGACUACUUGGGCUAUAGUAUCAAUUAAGUUGCACAAUAUCAGCUCUUAAAGUGGCAAUCAAAUGAAGUUUAUUGAGAUUCUGAACCGUUCGCCGCAGUAAACAAUGGUCGAUUGCCUGUCAACUUCAAAUCAGUGACCACGUUUGGUUUGGUGUGGUUUGGCGAUCGCAGUUAUUGUACUACAAGUACGUCAGUAUAGUACAAAAUAAGACGUCAUGAAUCGGACUGCUAAUAGCAAACACUGGCAGAUCGAUGAUGUUGUGCAAAUAUUGAUAACAAUAAUUGUGUUGUCAGGCUAAUUGUGUAGUAUUUGUUUCCUGAUUCUUGAAAGUAAAAAACAUUUUAUUUACAAUUACAAUAUACAUAAUGGAUAUAUACAGAGGAUUACUAUAACUAACUUAAAUCUAAAAUAGGCCUUUGAGGGAUUUGUUCCAAGGAUGCUGGCGGCAUUGCCUCGUAUCGCAACAAUACGUUAUGCGUGGAAGCCUACGAAGCGCUUCGCUAUUUUCUGCAAAAAACUUGAGCGCGUUGGGACCUCAUGGACCUAGAGUUUCAACGCCAAAUUCUUGAAAUAUGUUUUUAAUAUAAAUCACAUUUAUUACGUUAUUUUUUAAUGGCAAUUCCUGUGUACCGAUUUACUUGUCAAUAAGCGAUAAUCUAUAAUACUGAAAAGCGACAAUACUUAUAAACCUACACAAUUAGCUAUCAUAUUACGUAUUUAUGACGUUAUUUUAUUCUUAUUUCUAGUCAAAUUAUAUCUUGUAUUUUAACAUAAUUAUAUCUAGAUAUAUUUACGGGUCACAUUAUAAUCUUAAAUAUAGACGGCUGUAAUUAUAUAUUUACUAUUUU